AUGAAAUUUUCUCAAAUAUCUAUUUUACUUUUUGCUGUUUUGGCUCAGUCAGCGUCAUUAACUCCGGUCGAUUUGUCUUCAUGGUCUAAGAGUGACCUCCAAAGUUUCCUUGAUGAUUUCCAUGUUCAGUAUGACGCCUCAAAAGAUUCUGUGAAAGACCUUGCUUCCAAAGCGCAAGCACAGUGGAAUUCUUUUGCACUUCCUUAUACAAGUUGGUCAACACCUGAACUCCAAGCAUAUCUUGAUCGGAAGGGCAUCAAAUAUCAAAUUGACGCAAAAGCCAAGAACGCUCGUGCAGAUCUUGAAAAGCUGGUGGCAAGAGUUUACCCCGACAAUGUGAAUUUUGAACAAACAGCUAAAGAGGCAACCGCUUCGGCAUCCAAGUCAGCAUCAGCAGCAUACGACAAAGUUUCCGGAUGGUUGUUUGAUACUUGGUCCUUAGACGAACUCCGUACAUUUGUCAAGAAAAAUGUAAAGGAAGGAAUCAACACGUCAGAAGCUUCACGAAAGGAGCUUGUGAGUGCAGCACAGCAAGCAUACGAUAAGCAUGCUUCAAAAAUCAAGGCUGAAAACUUUUACCCAGGGAAAUGGGUAUUUGACGGAUGGUCUGAUAAGGACUUGGAACAGUGGCUACAGAAGAACAAGAUUUCAAUUGAAAAUAAAGCUGGCGGAGCACAGAAGACAUUAGCAUCCCAUCGCAAUCAGUUAUUGGGUGCAGUGCGCAAAAAUGCUCGAUACGCUUGGUUGAGCGCGCAGGACGCACACAAUUCGUUUCUCGACUCUGUAGGAAUUGUGGGUGCUGAUGUUUACGACAAGGCUAAAAAGAUUAAGGACAGUGUUUUUGAUACUUGGUCUGAUGCUCAAUUGAGCCAAUGGCUUGAGUCUCAUGGCCUUAAUUCCAAGGGUUUGAAGCAUGAUGCUUUGAUCAAAGCUGCUCGCGAUAAUCGAGACCAACUGGGUCGAGAUAUUUCUUACUAUCUUGACUCUGCUUCACGCACCGCUAGUCCCAUUCUUGAUAAAGCUGGAGAAGCAGCAGCUUCUGUAACUGAUUCUGUCAAAAAUGUUGAUACAAACUUUAACUUAUGGGAACCUGAAAAGCUUAACGAGUUUGUGUCCGGUGUAAGGGCUUAUGUUCCAGCUUGGAUUGACGACGCAACUAGAAAGUUGCGCAGCGAUGGCCUCUGGGCACAUACUCAGGCAUCCAACUAUGCUCGUCGACUAUUUGAUCAUUGGUCAUCUGCAGAUCUUGCUUCUUGGUUGCGUCGCGAAGGUGUGGAAGUGGACACCACAGCAGCUAACGCUCGCGAUACACUCGCAAACCGCGCAGCCUUAUAUUUGUCGACUGCAAAUAAGUUUUCGGCCGAAAAGUACCGACAAAUGUCUUCACGAUUUUCUGCCGAUUUCCGCAAGGCUACUGAUGGUGCAUUUGAAAACUGGUCUGAUGACGAAUUGCGCUCAUGGCUUACAGCCAAAGGUAAUGAUGCACAGAAGUAUGCAAAGUCAGCACACGAAGAGCUUGUUAAAGCAGCCCGUGGAGAUUGGGGUCGUUCGUAUGUUGAAGGAUUUUCAGAUAGUACACGAGCUGGAGUAGCUUCUGCAGGGUCUGCUGCUUCCGCGGGUGCAUCAGCAGUGGCUGGUGCCGCUGGUGCUGCUGCGCAAGCUGUUGCCGGAUCAGUUGGUUCUGCUGCAAAUGCUGGUGCUGCUGCUGCUGCCAAAGUUGGAUCUAGCGCAAGUUCUGCUGCAGCUGGCGCUGCUCGUGCUGCAGGAAGCUCUGUGAGUUCGGCUGCUUCGGCUGCCGGCGCUGCAAUUACAGGGAACCCUCAGCCUACAGGCAUCCUUGCUAAUGUUCCUAAUGCAUUCUGGGGUGCAUAUGGAUGGUUCAAGGAGCGACUGAGAUUUUUGAGUCCUGGAAUUGAUGCUGCUGGUCCAACAGAACUGUAA